CUCGCUCUCUGCAUAGUGCUUGUACUUUUCCGCCUUCACACAGUACUUACCGGAGAGUCACCUGUGCAGUCCACGUACCCUUCGCGCACAGGGAACGGUUUUUUAUUAUUAUUUUUUUAUCGUUUUGCGCUUUAUCAGCAAUUAUUAAUCGGUAGGCAGAAGACAAGAAGACGCGGCCGCCCUGAAUUAAGUUUCUUUUAAAAAGAAGACCGGGUAUUCACCACACGGGAUUGUUUUAUUGUUUUAUACUAAAGGCUCGUAGUGAGAUUUUCUGUUCGGCAAUUUUAAGGACAACUGAAUCAUGGCGAGGGACAUGAGCAAAUACUUCAGCGACGCGACGAAAAACUGUGUGUUCGCUGUAGCGGCGUUAUUCCUGGUUAUUCAAGGAGCAGCCUCCCAGAGGGUGAAGGUGCAGCCGGAGGUGGUGUCCUACCCGGGCGAGACCAUCACUCUGCGCUGCACGUUCCCCGAUCAAGGAGAAAUCCAGCUGACCCAGGUCUCCUGGAUUUGGGAGCCAACCAAUGAAGGGGAACGGGACAACAUCGCCGUCUACCACCCUCAGUUCGGGGCCAGUUACCCCGCCUCGCCCUUUACGGGGAGGGUGGAUUUCACCACCCCCAGCCUGGAUAACCCGUCCAUCACCAUCAAGGACGUGAAGAUGACGGACGAGGGGAACUACAUCUGCGAGUACGCCACCUACCCCAGCGGGAACGAGCAGGGCACCACCGCCCUCGUCAUCCUGGCCAAGCCCAAGAACACGGCCUCCAUCGUCUCGGUGAUCGCCGGGGAGAAGCCGGUGGUGGUGGCGACCUGCAUGUCGGCCAACGGGAAGCCCCCGGCGCAGGUCAGCUGGGUGACGGCCCUCACCGGCAAUGCCACAACCGCGUCGGGCCCGGGUGAGGACAGCACCGUCACCGUGAGCAGCGAGUACCGCAUGGUGCCCAGGCCCCGCGACAACGGCAAGGACCUCACCUGCAUCGUCAACCAACGCGCGCAGGAGAAGGCGCAGAGCAUCCCGCUGAAGCUCGUCAUAGAGUAUCCUCCGCAGGUCAACAUCAUCGGGUAUGACAACAACUGGUACGUUGGCCGGACGAACGUCGUGCUGACCUGCGAGGCUACGGCAAACCCUGUGGCCGAUUCCGUCGUCUGGAAAGCUAUGUCGGGGCCCAUGCCGGACACCGUGCAGGUGAAGAACAAGGUGCUGACGGUGCUGAAGGUGGACGACCGCGUUAACACCACCUUUGUGUGCGAGGUCAAGAACCGACUGGGCGUGGGGAAGGACCAAGUCACCGCCGUGGUCAGAGAAAAGCGUCUGCCAGGUAAAGGGGCGACGACCGGCAGCAUCAUCGGUGCCAUCAUCGGCGUGAUCGUCCUGCUGGCCAUCAUCGCCACCGCCGUGGUGAUGAUCCGGAAGCACCGCCAGAGCAAGGACGACACCCCGCCCAAUUACAAGCCGCCCCCGCCCAGGAAGACAGGCGGCUCCACUGAGAUGACCUCCAGCCGGGAGAACGUCACAGAGUCCCAUCCCCUCAGCAACCUUUACUACGAGACCAACGGAGAGCCUGUCACUAAUCUGGAUUCUUACCAUGAUGAAGACGGUGAACCCAGGUACUACGACAACGCCGGUCACGCUGGCGCCCCCUCUGGUCUGGAUGACUCGGGCCUGGAUUACCCGAGGGAUGAGGCGGUCGACGAACCGAUGUACUCCAGUCCCGUGGACGAGGAGGACUACCCCGGGAAUGAGGAAGAGCCCCGCGGGAUGGAGGAAGAGCCUGAGCCUGAGCCUGAGCCCGAGCCAAACCCAAACCCAAACCCAAACCCAAACCCAAACCCAAACCCAAACCCAAACCCUGUUCCCUCCCGCGGGGACAGCUUCAUGUCUCCGGCCAUGUAUGUGUAGAGACCAGCUGUGUCCCGCAGUCCAGCCAACGAGUGUGUCCUCAUCACCUGACUUCAGUACAAUCACAUGAUUUAGCCACACAAUGUCUACGCAUAUCUACCAUAAUAUAUGUUCCUAAUGUGCCUGGAAAGCAGUUUUAUGAAAGUGCCAAAGCGCCUGUUCUGGACAGGUAGUCAUUUCUGAUUUACUUUUCUCGUUAACGCUUUAACACAAUGGGGAAAUGUGGAAACGGUGUGUAAAAUGCUCAUUUGUGUACAAGCAAAUACUGGCCUGAAGAGCUGCUGUUGUUGUAGCUUUUUUUUUUGACACUAGUUUACGGAGCUACCGUAAAAAAAAGAUUUGUAUAUUUUGUGAAUAAGCAGACAUGACUGUUACUGUCAGACAAUGAGGGUGGGAUUGAUUAUGGGAGGGGGUUUUUCGGGCAGUCCGGUCUGUGGUUUUCUGUGCAAUCAGUCUCAUUGGGCACCUGUUGCUGCUGCCCUCCUGAAGCCCUUGAAUCCUGUCCUAUUUCCUUUAAGUCCAAACCACGGCCAGUGGGGCUAGCCAGCACCCUGGUGCAGCACAGCUGGGGGGUUUCUGUGGGCUCCCUCACUCCACAAAAUGGCCUCCCGGCCUCAGGUUUCCAUGGCUUCCGGGCUCCGCCUCCUCGUGCGCCCUACCACGAGCCUGAGAAUCGCCAGCGCCCGAUUGGCUCUCCGGGCGGCCGUUUUUCACUGAAAUGGGGCAGUAAAUUGUGAGAGGAACUUUGUGUUGCAGGGAGUUUAGAGUUUAUAAAGAGAUUUUUAAUGUUGUGGUGUGGAGGGACUGAGGGGUCUGGUGGUGGAAGGGUGGUGGGUGCGGGGUGUUCCUCUUAGACCUCGCCAUUUUUAAUGUUUAUGAGCUACAGCAGUGCCUUUGUCACUCAGCCCAACUGCGAAAGACUCAAAUAAUCCCCCCGAAAUAAUAAAGGGCUGGCGCGCCCGCUGUUCCGGUCUGAUAAUGGCGUUUGUGUGGCUGUGGCGCGCGGGCUGACCCUGCGGAAUGUCCCAGAGUUCCGAGGACCACCGGGAACGGCGUGCGCUGCGGCCGUCUCUGCCUCCUGCUUUUAAACGCGUUUUUUUUGGAUGCGCGGCCUCCUGCUUGGUGCUACGGGGGAUUGACUGGGGACUGCCUCUCACCGCAGCCGCGUUUCGCGUGUUUAUCAGACGCUCCGCUUUCCCCCGGCAGCUCCGGUGCCAAAUAUAAAACUGUGAACGUACUAUUUAUAAUCGGGCUGUCAGAGCCUCGCACCGGCAUCCUCGCCGCAUUCCAGAGCCGAUUGUGUCUGCGCCGUUUUAUAAAUGUUUUUAAUAUUCUCUAUUCUCUUUAAACAUGGGAGUGAAGCAGGUUUAUCACUGUUAGUGGUGUGUGAGGGGGAAAACACUGGAAGUGUAAUGAAUUUAUUUUUUUAAUCUUUUUUUUUUUUUUUUUUUACUGUGCAUUUCUUUAUAUUCUCUAUUGCCAUGACGUUAUCAGUUGAUUGUUUUCAUCCAAAUCCAAUAAAGGCAUUUUAACCAUA